GUCCUCUCCCUCCGAGAGGCCGCGCCCCCUCUCCGGUCCGUGGCGCUGCUUCCGGCUCGCCUCGGCAUUCGGAGGGCGGGCCCUCCGCCAGAGCGGCCGUGACGAUGGUGGCCACCAUGACGGCUGGCGGAGUUGGAGCCGCGCUACGGGCGGCCGAGGUCCUGGAGAGCGUCGUGGGGGGCUGCGUCGGGCCCGAGGGGCAGCAGGUACUGUGCACCAAGCCCACGGGCGACGUGCUGCUCAGCCGCGACGGGGGCCGCCUCCUGGAGACGCUGAACGUAGAGCACCCGGUGGCCAGGAUGAUAGUGACUUGUGUUUCCAUGAAUCGGAGUGUGACUGGAGAUGGUUCUAAAACAUUUAUUAUCCUUCUUUGUGAUUUACUCCGAGGACUUAAGGCAAUCACUGACAAAGAAAGGAGUUCUUAUGGGGGAAAUAGUAAAAGCCACCAAAGACAUUGGAAAAAUUGUUGUGAGUGGAAAUACAUUUCUCAAGCUAUUUUGACAUUUCAAGCACACAUAUUAGACUACAUUGUGGCUCAGUAUUUGAGUAAACACUUUUUGUCCAUCUUUUCAUUUUCUGGAGAAGAAAAAAAUUUUUGUAAGAGCUCACUAGAAUCCUUAUUAGAUGCAUAUUUUUGUGGAAGAGUGGGAAGAAAUAAUCAGAAAUUUAUUUCCCAGUUAACUUGUGAUUAUUUUUAUCAGUGUUUGAGCCAUGAAGAUGGUAAAGAUGAAAUAAUUGAUUUAGUAGAUGAAUAUUUUCUGGAAUUGUGCACUGCUGUCACAGGACUUCCAAUUUCAAGUUCAAGAAUCAUAUCAGGGCUUGUUAUUCAUAGAGAUUUUUCUGUUUACUGCCCAGCAGAUGGUGAUGUGAGAAUUAUCGUUGUAACUGAGUCCAUUCAGCCUGCACUUUCCACUUCUGGUUCUGAGCUUAUUAUAAAUUCAGAAGCACAAUUUCAGGCAUCUCACAUUUGGACUAUAGAAAGGACAAGAGCCAUAAUGAAAGAUUUGCAAAGUAAGAGUGUAAAAUUGCUUUUGUCUAGUGUGAAGCAAGAGGAUGCAGUUAUUUAUUAUGCAAAACUGAAUGGCAUAUCAGUGGUAGAGUGUAUACCAUCAGAAGAAAUUUCUCUCCUUUGUAGAAUCAGUGCUUUGUCAUCUUUUAUGCCAUCAUGGGCCACUUCACAGUGUUACAUCUCUGACACUGCAUUAGUGAAAUUUUGUCAGCCCAUUUUGCUUAAUUCCAAAAGGUAUGUUCAUCUUGGAUUACUUAGCACACACUUUUUUAUACCCCAUUGUUUAGUCCUUUGUGGACCAGUACAAGGCCUUACUGAUCAGCACAUUCAUGCUUUCCAUGGAGCAUUUAAAGUACUUCGACAAGUCUUUAAAGUGCUUAAUCUCAAUUACAAAGCACAAGGGAAUAAUCAAAAUGAGAUCUCAAAAUCUUUUACUUCUAAAGAUAAUAAACAAAGUCAUCAUUUGAUAGAUUAUAGAGCUUUGUUUAAAAGACAGUGUCUGGACUCGGUUUUAAAAAGUAAAGAUAAUCCAUCAAUGCAAUCUCAUUUAAGUGACACUCCAGAUUUGGUACUGCCAGGUAUAGAAUCAGAGAAUGAGAUUUCAAGUACAACUUUAACACACACACAUAAAGAAAAGGGAGACUUCAAAUCCCUCAUACAUACUUAUCCCAACAAAAUUGGUAUUAUUAAUGCCAAGGAAUCACGUAUAGCUAUUAAUUGUGGUUGUAAUGGUGAUUCCCUGUCAGAAAUUUUUGAUGAUCCUUUAAGUGACAUUGAACAGACUUGCAAAAUGAGCAGUACUACCAUAGGCAUGACAUCAAAGGAGAUACUCGAGCACACUUCAAAAAAUUAUUGUACUUCCUUUAUAGAGGCUGGUUCUGUUUUACCAGUAGGUGGUCACUUUGAGAUCCUCUUACAUUAUUAUCUAAUUGACUAUUCCAGACAGUGCCAACAGCCAGAAGUAAGUAUGAUAUGUUCAUUAAUAGCUAAUGCACUAUUGAGUGUUCCAAAAACUCUUUAUAAAGCUAAGAGAGGAAAUAAAAGCUUUUGUCAUGUGUAUUUAAGAACUAUGCAUGCUCUACAAGCUAAGCAGUGGAUGGCAGAGAGUCAAACAGGCCUUGAAUCAGUAGCUUGUAAAUAUCAAUUAUUGACGUCAGUGCUUCACUGCUUGACAAAACUCUUAACUGUUGAGUUAGUCGUCAGGAUUAACAAACAGCCACAAAAGACUGAUGGUGAUGAGACAGAAGAUGUGUGAAAACAGUAGUUUUGUUCUCAGUGGGUUUUGUCGUUUGUUUUUUUAAUCUGGCUCAGUCUGUGGAGAAUUGUCAACACAAUCCUUGACUUUCUAAGAUGAAACCAUGAGGUAUUAGUCAUUUUUGUACCUAGAUACAACAAGCCUUUCACAAGCUACAAAUAUUGCUCAAUGGGAACUAUAUGUGUGUUCUUAUUAAUAACAUAUCAGAAAAGGGUGGCAAGAAGUUUUAUUUAUCUCUUCAUUUCCCUUUUUUCCAUUCCCUUUCUAUGUUUGUACAUUAAUUGUCCAUAAUAUGUCAGAAAAAAUGUUUUUCAUUUGUUGUAUUUAACUAGCACACUAAGGUUUUUUUUGUUUGUUUGUUUUUUUUUAAUACCCUGUCCUACUGCUGUAUUUGUUUCAUAGCCAUAUUAAUAAAGCAUGAUUUCACAUA